UAGAUGCCGUGUCUGUAGACAGCUGGCUGCUGACGCUCUCUCCUACACUAAGCCAUAGGUAGGUGACAUACAUUGCUGUCAGGCCCUCCAUGCACUUUACAUUAGCUCCCUCCAUGCUGCUCUGAGGUGGGCCCCUACGUUGGAAUUCGGGCCUUGUGACAAUGCUCUCCUCAGGUCUGGGGCCACAGGCGACCAUCAUGUGCCCAGGAUGCCCCGGGUUGUCCCUGCUGAGGUCCGGACUCUUCUACCUGCUGCUCUUCGCUCACAGCUCCCAGGGCAAAGCCUGCGAGAAGAGCCCAUGCUUCUCCGGCCGCUGCGUCAACAACACCUGCGCGUGCGACCCCGGCUGGGUGGGGGAACAGUGCCAACACUGCCAGGGCAGAUUCAAGCUGACGGAGCCCUCAGGAUUCCUCACCGACGGACCAAUCAACUACAAGUACAAGACGAAGUGCACGUGGCUGAUCGAGGGGUACCACAACGCCGUCCUGCGGUUGCGGUUCAAUCACUUUGCCACGGAGUGCAGCUGGGACCACAUGUACGUCUACGAUGGAGACUCCAUAUACUCCCCGCUGAUCGCAGUGCUCAGGUGAGCCGACAUUUCUUUUCAGUUUUCUGUUCAUGUUCCCAAGGCAGCGGGGAAUGAGACGGUCCCGGAGGUUGUCACCACGUCAGGAUACGCUUUGCUCCACUUUUUCAGCGACGCGGCUUACAACUUGACCGGCUUCAACAUCUUCUACUCCAUUAACUCCUGUCCAAACAACUGCUCGGGACAUGGCAAGUGCACGACGAGCAGUUCGGUCCCUAGCAGAGUAUACUGUGAAUGUGACAAGUACUGGAAGGGCGAAGCCUGUGACAUGCCGUACUGUAAGAACAACUGCGGCAGUCCUGACCACGGCUACUGCGACCUGACCGGGGAGAAGCUGUGUGUGUGCAACGACAGCUGGCAAGGUCCGGAUUGUUCACUGAGCGUCCCGUCUACCGACUCGUACUGGAUCCUACCCAACGUCAAACCCUUCAGCCCCUCGGUGGGCCGGGCAUCACACAAGACGGUCAUGCACGGGAAGUUCAUGUGGGUGAUUGGCGGCUACUCGUUCAACUACAGCGCCUUCCAGAUGGUACUGAACUACAACGUAGAGAGCAGUAUCUGGAAUGUGGUGCCUGUCCUGCGGGGGCCCCUCCAGCGAUAUGGACACUCCCUGGCCCUAUAUCAGGAUGAGAUCUACAUGUACGGAGGGAAGAUCGAGACCAGCGCCGGGAACGUCACUGAUGAGCUUUGGGUAUUUAACAUCUCCAGCCAAUCGUGGACGACGCGGACCCCCAUGGUGCUGAAUCAUGGGCAGCACUACGCGGUGGAGGGCCACACGGCACACAUCAUGGAGCUUGACAACCGGGAGGUCAUAAUGGUCAUCAUAUUCGGAUAUUCUUCAGUCUACGGCUACAUCAGCAACGUGCAGGAAUACCACCUACCCCGCAGUUUAUACCCCGUUGAUGAAUCUGCUCUGACGUCUCUGCGCCCUCCGGUGACAUCUGGGCAGGUGGGCCACCUGUGA